AUGGAGUUUCUCGAAAGAACUUAUCUUGUGAAUGACAAAGCCACCAAGAUGUAUGCUUGCACACGAGACAGUGUGGAACUUCAACAGAAACCUGUGAAUAAAGAUCAGUGUCCUGGAGAAAGGCCAGAGGGGCUGGAGUCAGCAGGCAUCUAUCACUGCCACAGCAACUCCAAGGCCAUGCAGAACCGGGCAAAUGAGCAAGUUCAUGCCAAGUGGAAACUCUGCAUUGCUUCAGCAAUAUGCUUUGUUUUCAUGAUUGCAGAGGUCAUGGGUGGGCACAUUGCUGGGAGUCUAGCUGUUGUCACAGAUGCUGCCCACCUCUUAAUUGACCUGACCAGUUUCCUGCUCAGUCUCUUCUCCUUGUGGUUGUCAUCGAAACCCCCCUCCAAGAGGCUGACGUUUGGAUGGCACCGAGCAGAGAUCCUGGGUGCCCUGCUGUCCAUCCUGUGCAUCUGGGCAGUGACUGGUGUGCUGGUGUACCUGGCAUGUGAGCGCCUGCUGCACCCCGAUUACCACAUCCAGGCGACGGUGAUGAUCAUCGUUUCCGGCUGCGCAGUGGUGGCCAACGCUGUAUUAACUGUGAUUUUGCACCAGAGAUGCUUUGGACACAAUCACAAAGAAGUGCAAACUAAUGCCAGUAUAAGAGCAGCUUUUGUGCAUGCCCUUGGAGAUCUAUUUCAGAGUGUCAGUGUGCUAAUCAGUGCACUUAUAAUCUACUUUAAGCCAGACUACAAAAUAGCCGACCCAAUCUGCACAUUUAUUUUUUCCAUCCUGGUUUUGGCCAGCACCAUCACUAUCUUAAAGGACUUCUUCAUCUUACUCAUGGAAGGUGUGCCAAAGAGCCUGGAUUACAAUGGUGUGAAAGAGCUCAUCUUAACGGUCGACGGAGUGGAGUCUGUGCACAGCCUGCACAUCUGGUCUCUAACAACGAACCAGGUGAUUCUCUCGGUUCAUGUUGCUACAGCAGCCAGCCAGGACAGCCAGGUUGUUCGGAGAGAGAUUGCGAGAGCCCUUAGCAAUACCUUUACUGUGCACUCACUCACCAUUCAAAUGGAAUCUCCAGCUGACCAGGACCCUGACUGCCUUUUCUGUGAAGACCCUCGGGACUAG